UUGACUCCCUUUCCCGUUUGGGCAUUAUAUAAAGCUCAGCCUAGACUCAGUGGUGUUCAGUCUCAGAAAUAUACAGGCAACGAUCGUCCACUAUGAAUAGACUGAUAUUUGCCUCUUUGCUGCUUUAUGCAGCAUCUCAAACUGGUGAAUGCAUCACAGGAGGAAAAGAGGCUGUAGCACACUCUUAUCCAUACAUGGCUUCACUUCAGUGGAAUGGAAAACAUGAGUGUGGUGGCUUUCUGAUCUCUAGACAGUGGGUGAUGAGUGCAGCACACUGCUUUCAGGAUGGGAGAACAUCCGGUGUUAAGGUUGUGUUGGGUGCUCACUCACUUGUAAAUGCUGAGGACACUAAACAAACCUUUGAUGCUACUGCAGUCUACAAUCAUCCUGAUUUCACAAUAAGCAACUAUGACAAUGAUAUUGCCCUGCUCAAGCUGGAUAAGCCAAUCACUGAGAGUGAUGCAGUGAAACCAGUGAAAUUCCAGCGCGAAGAUGGGUCUGACCCAGAGGAGAAUGCUGUCGUGAAAACAGCUGGAUGGGGUUCCUUGAACAACCUGGGAGGACGACCAGACAAACUGCAAGAGCUCAGUAUCAAAGUCAUGGAACGAUGGCUCUGUGGCCGCGGUGACUACUAUGGAACAAAGUUCACGAGCAACAUGCUCUGUGCUGCAGAAAAACGAAAGGACACCUGUGAUGGUGACUCCGGAGGUCCUCUCUUAUAUAAGGACAUUGCUGUGGGAAUAACCUCUAAUGGAGGGAAGAAAUGUGGCUCCAGCAAAAAGCCUGGACUCUACACAAUCAUCUCCCACUACACUAAGUGGAUUGACAGUAAAAUCACCCAGUAAAAAAAAAACAAAAAAAAAAAUUAAACUAGUUAAUCCUAGAAAGAUUUUUUCAAGCUGGAGAAUCCUUUGCAUAACAUUUAUAUUUUUAUAGGCACUGUACAUGUACUGCUUUUUUCUACAUUAAUAAAACACUUUUCUACAUCUACCUAA